AUGAUAUAUACAACCGCAGUUGCAAAUAUCAGGGCCGUCAGACGUUCCACGGCCCUGGCCAGAGCUUAUCCCCAAGCCAUACUCUUCGCGCCAUCUCAACAUCUGAAGUCCUCCUGCCAGCGCCGUCACAUAUGGCGCGGUCCGGGCGAGAGGAUAAACUACGAGUAUUUGGAGAAGCAGAUAGAUAAGCACAGACGAUACUGUCUUUCGAAGCUUCGUGAGAAGCCCGCACGUCCGCGGAAAGCGAACGUGUACGAAAGUCAGAAUCCAUGGGGGUUCCGAGGUUACGGACCGGGCUAUGAUCGAGAAAAGUCUUUUCAAUUUUACAAGCGAAAUGGUAUCAAGGGUGACUUUUGGGAGGCCGAAAGGUCCCGCAUCAAGGAGAGAAUGAACCAGAUCAAGAGGGAGAUUGAUAAGGAUCCCUACGCAGCAUUAUUUGGAAGAAGGUUGCAGCCAUUUAGCUCCUUCGAGAAGCUUGAUAAUGCCUUUACCUCCAUUUGUCGUUCUUUCCUAGGUCUUGACAAGUCGGAAAGCACCAUGGAUACAACAGCACGCCCAAAGGCCACUACUGCAGUCUCGAAGGACUCUUCGGAAUCGCCCAAGAAGCCACAAUCAGACGUGAGUGGUAGGGUCCCAUCUUCAGACGAGACUGUAUCAGAGACGGGUCGACCAGACUAUGAAUUCGACCCUGUUAGUGGCCGCAUGAUACCCAAGGAUACUGAGCAGCCGGUGGCCACAGCAAAGAAUUCUCGCGGGAACGACAUUGAUACAUCGGCCGGGGCCCAGAAGCCUCAUUCUGGGCCUACCGGCUAUCUAUCCCCAUUUGAACGAACAAUUUCAGAGCCUAGGCCGGCAACAGAAUCAGGAAACGAUAGGGCAGAAGGAACAUCGCAACAACGUGUUGAGGUGGCGCCAGUCGCGGAUGAGCCCUUCCAACCUCCUGAGGUGCAGAAACCGGAGUUACCAACAGAAGCUCGCUACAAAGCUUUGGAGCCAUCAAAUGAUACUAUGAAAGACCAGAGAGAUGUGUCUGAGAAACUUAGCAGUCUCUCAGAAGCGAUCAUGGCCGAUCAACCUAAGCUUCAGGAUCUCACAAUGAGCGGUGGACGCGUCACCUAUGAUCACCUAGAAGCGCCAGUCAACAGUCGUUCGUUUGGAGAUCAACCAAGCAAUGAGGCUUCGAUGAGACCUCUAGAGGCGCCUGAAAGUCCUCUAAGUACAGCACACGAACAAGACAGGGUGCAAGCAGAGAGGGAGGAGGAUUUAGACAUCCUGAAUGCCAGUGAUAUUCGUUCACAAUACUUGGCUAAGCCUAGUAUUGACCCUGAGAUUGAGAAGCAGAUCCGUCAAUCUCUCGACGAUAGGUUCGAUUCAUUUGUCGAUCCCGCUGGUGACAUUGACGCCCAGAGCGUUCGAAGCAAGUUUCAAAAGCAUGAGACUUUCGGCGCAUCUGACGAGGCCAUCAUGCCAGAGAAAUCAGACGUUGGUGUACAGCCCAAUCAACGAACUGCAGAAAGUCGGGAAGCUUCACAGGUACUCCAGUCUGGAAAGCAGGAAGCUACCAAGGACUUCGAUCGAACUACUACCAUUGAGCAGCCGCUCGCUGGCAGCCCGUCAAGUGAAACCUAUAGAGUCCUUGCAUAUGAUCCCUCGACCCUUCAAGUAAACGAGGCGGAGACGAGCUCGUCUUUCCAGGCUUCAGACGAGACAACCCACCCGGCAGAAAUUCUAGGUCGCCUGAAUGCCCCUGCCAAGUUCCUACCCCAUUUUGCAAGAAUGCGUACCGAUGGUUACGAAAUUGUUUCCGGUGGUGGGGAUAUCCUUGUUUUCAAAAAGUCCAGCAGUUCCGUGCACGACAGUGCCGCUCUCCAUUCCAAAGCAGCCGGCAAAAUUGAAGCUAGGUCCGACGGUCAAAACGACGAACCUUUGAAACAAUCUACAUCACCUACUCAGCUACCGCAGGAGCAUUUCUCCAGCCAAGCUCCUGAUCAUCAGACCAAAUUUCCAGACGAGACUUCACAGGCUAAAGGCUCUUCUUCGAAACGACAGUCAAGAGCUGGCCAGGCUCUACGCAGGAUGCUGUUCAGUGGCGUAGCUACCGCAGGAACAUGCUACGCCAUAGGUGUUGUUGUCGAAUACUUCCGCACGGGAGGACAGGAUGGACGGGGUAUUGAUGCUUUCACGGCUUUUGAGUCUGAGCGGCGUCAUGGAGACUAA